CUCCAAGUGGAUUACUAUAAUUUCCUAAAUGUUUCCCCAGAGGAGGCUCCUCACGGUUCCAUUUCUUGGACGAGGAAGGAUGGAUGUGAGAAUGAACCAAGGACACCUACUUUUGGCUGUGACUCUCAUAGUCUGCAACUCACAGCUGCUGGUGGUCGCCAACUCAUGGUGGUCAUUAGCCAUGAACCCCAUCCAGAGACCGGAGAUGUACAUCAUUGGAGCACAGCCUCUGUGCAGCCAGCUGACGGGCCUGUCUCAGGGUCAGAGGAAGCUCUGCCAGCUCUAUCAGGACCAUAUGGUUUAUAUCGGAGAGGGGGCAAAGACGGGCAUCAAGGAGUGUCAGUAUCAGUUCAGGCAAAGGCGAUGGAACUGUAGCACGGUGGACAACACAUCCGUGUUCGGCCGUGUCAUGCAGAUAGGCAGCAGAGAAACAGCUUUUACUUACGCCAUCAGCGCAGCGGGUGUCGUGAAUGCGGUGAGUCGGGCGUGCCGUGAGGGUGAGCUUUCCACCUGUGGCUGCAGCCGAGCGGCUCGUCCCAGAGACCUCCCGAGAGACUGGCUAUGGGGCGGCUGCGGUGACAACGUCAACUACGGCUACCGUUUCGCUAGGGAGUUUGUGGACGCCCGCGAGCGCGAGAAAAACUACCCACGUGGAUCUGUCGAACAUGCACGCACGCUUAUGAACGUACAGAACAAUGAAGCCGGGAGAAUGGCAGUGUACAAUCUGGCCAACGUCGCAUGCAAGUGUCACGGAGUCUCCGGCUCGUGCAGCCUAAAAACCUGUUGGCUCCAGCUGGCCGACUUCCGCCAUGUGGGUGAGUUCCUGAAAGAGAAGUACGACAGCGCCGCCGCCAUGCGCAUCAGCCGACGAGGCAAGCUGGAGCUGGUCAACAACCGCUUUAACCCCCCGACGAGUGUGGACCUGGUCUACAUCGACCCCAGCCCGGACUACUGCCUGCGUAACGAGACCACCGGCUCUCUGGGCACCCAGGACCGCCUGUGCAACAAGACCUCGGAGGGCAUGGACGGCUGCGAGCUCAUGUGCUGCGGUCGCGGUUACGACCAGUUCAAGACCUACAAACACGAGCGCUGCCACUGCAAGUUCCACUGGUGCUGCUACGUCAAGUGCAAGCGCUGCACGUCGCUCGUAGACCAGUUCGUGUGCAAGUAGCAGCCUAGGGACGGGACGGGACAGACGCCCUGGAGAGGCACUGAGCAAUUAGCAGGAGAGGAACGGGACCCUUAACGGACCCAGAGGGGGAACUUAGAGAUAAUUAAAUGUAAAAUGAUAUAUUAAAUAGCAACAAAUUAAAGUAUAUAAAUAAGUGUACGUGUGCCGUUGAUAGUAAUUUAAUGACCUUUUCUGACUCAAGAAUCAAAAGUUGGACGUCAUUGAUGAAAAGGAGGCACCGGUGUGAUGUUUCUUAGCUCAAGCUGUUGUUCUCUCGAUGUUUGAAUUCAGAGAGGCACGAACUGUUUGCUUGUUCUAAAAAGAAGAGCCUAAACUCUUUAGAGACUCUAGAAAUGGUAGAGAUGCAGAAAGAGGACGGAGAACAACGGCUCGUGGCCCAUCACCUUUUCCAGAUCUUUGGCCCGCCGCUGAUUCACCUCCACAAACACACACCACCUUGCCGAUAUCAGAGCUCUUAAGAACCUUGAGUCAGAGAAAUGUGGAAUUAUCGGACAUUGUGUUCCAUGAUGUCAUAAAGAUCCUAUGACAAGAACAGAAUGCUGCCUGUUACCCGUCACACAAGCAUUUCUGCUAAGAAACCUGGAGAGACGUGUGAAAGAUGAAACCAGGAACGUUUUUACCUGAAUUGGAGCGACACGCACACACAAAACUCCCUUUAUUCUUCCAAAAUCAUUCAAUUUGUAUCCUUCAUAUAGGCUUUCAAAAGUCUGUUAUGAACCUUUGAUGCAUUUCAGGGGCUUCCGUACAUCAUAUCUUGGAAUUACAUCUAAUCUGGAGCAGAGAAUAUUGUGUUUGUUCUGUCACUGUCUUUGUCAUUGUUGGAUGAAACGGUUCAAAGCCUCACGGUAAUGAAUGUGUGUCUGGUAAAUGAAAAUAGGAAAAAAAAAUAAAAAUCAAGGCUACAUGAUAAGGACUGCAAAAACUAUUAUUGUAACCAAAUACUAGUGGUUCAGAUUAUAUUUUAUUAAUUGCUUCUCAUUUUAUACAUCAUAUGUAUUGUUCUGAUUAUUAUUUUUUGAUAAAGAAGCUUUUUUCUGGGGAUUUAUAUGCUAGCAGAGAAGAUAUUACUGGCCACUGGAUGGAUCGGGCGAUCAUAGCCGAGCUCUCCCACUGUCAGGCCACAGAACAAGACAAUAAGAUCUUUUGUUCAUUCAUGAGUGUUUUGGAGGAAAACUACACUUGUAAAUAACAGUCAGUCAGUCAUAUAUGCCAUUAACACUUACGAUCUCUUUGACAUGUCACUCCACAGUUUGUUUGCUGCCCUGUGAUCAUAUGCUUGUUGUGUGUAUUUCCCCUCAUUCAAACCAGUA